UGGAGCGCUGCUCCGCCGGGACGCACUUUAAAUAAGCAGCGAGAGUGAGAGGAUCAUUACUCUGGUGUGAAGUGGAGGUCCCAUUAUCAUCCACGAGACGUUUCCCCACUUUCAGACCAGUUUGCAUUUCGAAGAGCCGAACGAACAAUGUGCGGGAUUUUUGCCUACCUGAAUCACUGUGUGCCCAAGACAAGGAGGGAGAUAUUUGAGACCCUCGUCAAAGGACUACAGAGACUGGAAUACAGAGGUUAUGAUUCAGCAGGCGUUGCUGUAGACGGUCCCAAAAAUGGCCUGAAAGAUGAAAAAAAUAUCUGCAUCAUCAAGAAGAGAGGCAAAGUUAAGUCCUUGGAUGAAGAACUCUACAAAAAAGACCAGAUGAAACUGGACGAGGAGAUAGAGACUCACUUCGGCAUCGCUCACACGCGCUGGGCUACGCACGGAGAGCCCAAUGCCGUCAACAGUCACCCGCAUCGCUCCGACAAAAAUAACGAAUUUGUCGUGAUUCACAACGGCAUCAUCACCAACUACAAGGAGUUGAAGAAGUACUUGAUUUUGAAGGGCUACGAGUUUGAGUCGGAGACUGACACUGAGGUCAUCCCCAAGCUCAUCAAGUACAUUUAUGACAACCGAGAGAGCGAAGACGUGUCCUUUUCCAUGCUCGUGGAGCGCGUCAUUCAGCAGCUGGAGGGGGCCUUUGCGUUGGCGUUCAAGAGCUCACACUUCCCAGGCGAGGCUGUGGUCACCAGGCGUGGAAGUCCUCUGUUGAUUGGUGUACGGAGUGAAUACGAACUGUCUACUGAACACAUUCCCAUUCAGUACAACACCGCCCCACAUCACCCUGUUCUGCAUGAUGAAGCUGUCAAAAACCAUUCCUUCCCCGAGGGCCAGGGGGCGACAGAGCCACAAGGCCACCUGAAAGAUGAAGUCCAGAUGAAGAACCAGCGGAACCGGUCAGACAGUUCCUGUGGCCUGCACUCGGUUGGAGACGGGAAAGCUGUGGAGUAUUUCUUCGCCUCUGAUGCAAGCGCCAUCAUCGAGCACACCAACAAGGUGAUCUACCUGGAGGACGAUGACAUCGCAGCCGUGGCCGAAGGCAAACUGUUCCUGUACCGCAUGAGCCGGCAGGCAGGCGAGGAACCAGUGAGGGCCAUCCAGACCCUGCAGAUGGAGCUGCAGCAGAUCAUGAAAGGUAACUACCAGGCAUUCAUGCAGAAGGAGAUCUUCGAGCAACCUGAGUCCAUAUUCAACACCAUGAGAGGAAGGAUCUGCUUUGAAAACAACACAGUGAUGCUGGGUGGGCUGAAGGACCACCUGAAGGAGAUCAAGCGCUGCCGACGGCUCAUCCUGAUUGGCUGCGGGACGAGCUUCCACGCCGGGGUGGCGACCCGACAGAUUCUGGAGGAGCUGACGGAGCUGCCGGUGAUGGUCGAGCUAGCCAGUGACUUCCUGGACCGCAUCACGCCCGUGUUCAGGGACGACGUCUGCUUUUUCAUCAGCCAGUCUGGAGAGACUGCCGACACCCUGAUGGCCUUGCGGUACUGCAAAGAGCGUGGGGCGCUGACUGUGGGUGUGACCAACACCGUGGGCAGCUCCAUCUCCCGAGAAACUGACUGCGGCGUUCACAUCAACGCGGGGCCUGAGAUCGGAGUGGCCAGCACCAAGGCCUACACGAGCCAGUUUGUGGCCCUCGUGAUGUUUGGGCUGAUGAUGAGUGAGGACAGAAUCUCCCUGCAGAAGAGGAGGCUGGAAAUUAUCAAUGGGCUGCGGAUGCUGCCAGAGCUGAUCAAGAAGGUGCUGGAGCUGGACAGUAAGAUCAAGAGCAUUGCAGAUGAGCUGUACCAGCAGAGGUCACUGUUGGUCAUGGGUCGAGGUUUCCACUACGCUACCUGCCUGGAGGGGGCGCUGAAAAUCAAGGAGAUCACGUACAUGCACUCUGAGGGAAUUCUGGCCGGGGAGCUGAAACACGGACCGCUGGCCUUGGUCGACAACGACAUGCCCGUCAUCAUGGUGAUGGUGCGUGAUGGUUGCUACACCAAGUGUCACAACGCGCUGCAGCAGGUCACUGCGAGACAGGGGCGACCGAUCGUCCUGUGUUGUCAGGACGACCCGGAUGUGAAAAAGAGCGCGUACAAGACUAUCGAGCUGCCUCAGACGGUGGACUGCUUGCAGGGCAUCCUCAGCGUCAUCCCUCUGCAGCUAAUGUCUUUCCACCUGGCCGUGCUGCGCGGAUAUGACGUGGAUUAUCCCAGGAACUUGGCCAAAUCUGUGACGGUGGAGUAGACAUGGACGGGAAUGAUAAGCCUUUGAAAGGCAUGAGAGGAUGGACUCUUGAAGUUCUUGUGCAAUUGUGUGUGUGUGUAUGUAUGUGUGUGUGUGUGUGUGUGUGUAUUACAUUUACAUUAUUAUUAUUAUUAUAGCAUGGAAAUGUGAGGUACAUGCACAGUCUUUUAGCUGUGGCUUUUCCUGGGACAGUGAUGUAUUGUAGGUGUGCAAACCAUAGUUUGGUGCAGUCAAUGCAGCAUCAGCUGCUUUUUCAAGUAGAGAGAGGAGAACAGACUAGAUACAUGGAGGCUUUCCACUGCUUCUGCAGCCAAGCCUCCAGCAAGUUUUGGGGGCAAAAAAACUAAUUUUCACUUGGUAGAUCUGGUAAAUGUCGUACUUCUGUGCAAUACUGCAGAGACCAAAACUGCUUUAGGGGCAAAAGGUCGACGAGAGCCGGCAGAAGCGAGUCAGACCAGAGUAACCACCUAACUCCAAAGACAGGCUUGGAGGCCUGAUAGAACUUUCUGGAAGCCUGGAAGCCCUGAACAGCAUUUCUGCUUUUUAAAGAUGUAACUUCAGACCAAAUAUGAAGGAGGUUAGGAUUUCAUAUCUGUCUUUCUGUUUUUCUUUUGGAAUAGUACAUUGCACUCCACCGAGGUUCUGAAGGGGCAGUAGCUGCUUUGAAAUAACUGGCAUUUUUGCUGCAAAUAGCCCCCUGACCCGAAGGGAAUUUUCAGCACUUUUUAUUAGACAAACAAAUUUCAUAAUGCAUCUAACAAAAAUCAUUGGACAUAUUACCCAUUUGUUUAACUACAUGGACAAAUUCCUGACUAUUUACAAAGUGUGCAUUCCAGAUUUUAAAAUAUAUAUUUACUGUCACGUUUUGGGUUAUUUAUGGCUUUGCAAGAAAAUGUUUUAUUAGCCUUGAAUAAUGAUUUUAAUUGUUAAUGCCAAAGUACAUGUUUUCCUCCAGUCUUUGUUUAUAUCUCUUCAAUAUCAUUUUCUCAAAGCUGUGAGCAGUUCCUGGGCUAUUUAAGUACGUAAUGAUCAAUUGUUUUAAUUAAGAUUAUAUUUUAUAUUUUACAGUAACUGGCGACUGCAUAGAUCUGUGAACGUGGAAAAACUGUAAACAAAAAAAAAUAAAAAAUAUAAAUUGAUCGUA